UUGUGAUUUCUGAAUUGUGCCUGUCAAGAAAGUUCGAAUUUUUACGAAUAUUGUAAAUUUAUGCUGAGAAAACUUAAGGCUGUAAGAGAGUGAUUGAAAUUUAAAGUAUUUCUCUGAAGUAAAAUGUUAUUUUAAUAAGAAUCGCUCGUUCUAACAGCAAAAUGAGUCACAAUUUAGAGAAUGAUAGAUCGGUCACAACUGGAAAAAUGUAUCCAAUUGAUUUAGCUCCUCAAAAAAUAACUAUUGUCAAGAACAUGCCCAAUUCUGAAGUAAAGAUGGCUCAUUUGAUAUCUGGACAACCUAAAACAACAAGCAGUACCGGAUCCAUGGGCUUGAUGCGUACUGCCGCCCAAAUUAUCUCGCCUGGCGUUGCUUCUCAGCCACAAAUGAUUGUAAGCGGCUCUCCAAUUUUGCAGGGAACACAAAUUGUCAGUCAGGGUUCACAACUGGUGGGACAAAAUUCACAAAUUAUAUCACAGUCUCAAUUAAUACCCAGUGGGCAAAUACUAAGUCCUGGCACUCAAAUAAUAAGCCAAGGCACCCAAUUAUCAGCUCAAGCAUCAAAUGCUAACAAUACAGUAUCUAAUAGUGUCUCUACUGGAAAUGGUACACAGCUCUUAAAUGUUGGCAGUUACGUCAGUGGAGCUGGUAAUUUAGUUGUCAGUUCAUCAGUGCGGACCUUACCACCUAGUGUUAGGGUAUUGCCCCCUAUCCCACAACACAAUACCAGACCUGUCUUGUCAAACAUAAAUGUGAACAAUUCAGCGGGAGUGCUGGUCAACAAAGGUGUGACAAGUCAUGUACCACGGGGUCUGGCUGCUGGUGCCUCGCUAGCUGUGAGACCUGUUACAAACCCUCAGCCUGCUGCUAGCCAAGGAGGCGCGUGGUCGGGCGGCUCGCGCGGCGGGCGCGGGCGCGCGCUGGUGUACGGCUGCCGCGCGCGCUCGCCCGCGCCCGCGCCCGCGCCCCCCGCGCCCGCCGCGCCCCCGCCCUCUACCGGCGGUCUCACCUCGAGCGGCGUGAUCUCGAGCUCGGCCCGCGCCGCCGCGCCGCGCCCGUUGCCGCUGUUGCAGAGAAACUACCAGCCCGCCAAGGUUGUUGGAGUCGCUAGUGUGGGUGUCCGGGGCGUAGGCAACAGUGCACCGCCCCAGCUCUACUAUGAAGUGCCUCGCCCCGCCCCACCACCAGCAACAGCAACAACAGUCGCAGCAACAGCAACAACAGCCGCAGCAACAACACCAGGCUCCAUUACCACAACAGCAGCUACCACAUCAAGUUCCACGACCGCUCACUCCGUAUGCACAUGUGCAUACACAACCCGCACAGGGUCUCCUACUAAGAACCUGUCCCACAGCGGCUCAAAUAACGUGACGACGAUAGUCAGCAGCGCCAACAUCGCGAACGUCAGCAACAUCGGCAACGCGGGCGUAUCGCUGGGCGCGGUGUACCCGGAGGGCUCGGGCUGGGAGGACGUUCCCACGGGCGGCGGCUCGGGGUCGACGACCGUGUCCGUGCCCUCGUCCCCACCGCCCGACCUCGACCCCGACCCCGCGCCCGAGCACGACCUCUCGCCCAGGAAGAAGCCGAGGAAACAAGUAUUAAGUAACGAAGUACGGCAGUGUGAUUUCCCAACAGAAAAUACGCCACCAUCGCCACCGCCUGCUAUUUCCGUAACCCCAUUACCAAAACGUCCGUCCCUGAGUUCGUCGUUCGUGUGCGGCUGGCGCGGCACGGAGCGCCACUUCGCGCGGCCCGGCGACGUGCGGCGGCGCGAGGCGCGCGCGCGCGACAUCGUGGCCAUCGCCAGCCAGCGGCACGUGCUCACCAGCGCCGAGGGCUGGAAGGUGCACCACCUCACCGCGCAGAUGGACGACCUCGUCUCUCUAGAGGCGGAUGUAGGAGAGCAACUGAUGGGUGUGCUCCGCGCUCUUGAGUCGGCUUCACCACGCGCUAACUCGCACCUACAAUCACUGCAGCAUACGUUGUUAGAACUUAUUAAGGGUAACAUACAACGCAGUAAAAUAGUAUGUGAAGGUAUUCAAGAAUCACGUGAAGAUAUUCUGCGUGUAUUUAAACACAGGAACUUUGUUUCCGACAUUCUGACUCGUCAAGCUGACAAGAGGUGUUUUAGAAAACAUCGAUCACAAUCAUAGCAAAUACAAAUAAAAAGGCACAAACACAAAGUCAAAAAGUCUAAAUUUCAUACAUAAAAAGUAAUAAAAGAUAUUGUUUUAUUACAUUUGUCAUACAAUUCUGAUUGAUGUGAUGCUUUUGUUAGAAGACUACAAUAGCUAUAUAAAUAGUUGGGUAUAUUGUGGUUGUUAAAUAGACUUAAAUUAGCACUAAAUGUAGAUUAAUUUUAUCUCUGUAAAUAGUGUAAAGAAAUAUAUCAUUAAACAAAGAUAUAAGAAUGUCUAUAUUUUCUAUUUUUGAAGAAUGCCUUGAAUGAUAUGCAAUUUGUGUUGUGAUGUUAUAAUACUUAUUUCGUAUUUAAUAUAUUUCAUCAAUAUGG